CGCGCUUGCGCACAUCUGUGUGGGAGGAGCCAAUCCCAAAACACGUAAAUUAUUAUUAAAAAAGGCUUUUUUGUGAGUUUUCACGUGUUUGUAAGACAUCCACUCCAGAUCUGUCUGCUCUUCUGCAUACUGUUAAAAAGAAUGGCGGUAUAAUGAAAGGAAAAGUUUCAACAUGAACAGAAACAUUCAGAUUUAGAGCCAAUCACACAUUGUACAGAGAAAGAAGUAGCUGUGAAACAGUUGCCAUGGAAAUCCUACCAUGUAAGGAGGAGGAGGAAGAGGAGGAGUGUUCUGCGAUGGAGUUGCAGCAAGCAGUUGAUCCUGGCAUCAAGUCUUUAGGACGUGACAACAACAUGAUCACUACACAUUACGGGAUCUCUGGAGAAUCCAGUGAUGAGGAUGAUUACACAAUACCUGUCGGAAAUGAAGAUUGUCUGUGCUGCGUGUGUGGAGAGCAGUUCCCCUUCCUAGAUCAACUGAUGGAACACUUUAAGACGCACAAAGAUGAAGUGUGCUGUCACCUAUGUCAGACGAAUUUCAGUCGCGCAAUUUCCCUGGCAUUACACUUAAAGUACGCACAUCCUAGGUACCACCUCUUCUGUACGAUCUGUCAAGCCCCCUUUGUAAGCUCGUGGCAUCUGAAUGAGCAUCUGGAGAAUCAUCAGAAGGAACUAACAACACAUAAGAAAGAUGUGGAGUUGGUAGAUGUUAAACCUUUGAUUAAAAUGAAAGACACUGAUGACAUCAUCGAGUCCAUUAGCAUCCAGAGCUGGGACAGUAUGUUUUUGCAUGAUCAUUCAUAUUGUCUGCCUGGACAUUUGAAUGUGUCGCACAGUAAAGCGAUUCAAGUUCAAACUCGCACUUGCAUCAGAAAGUGUAAUGACAUUGUUAAAUGUUUGCCUAUGGACUCUUUAUCUGAAGGUGCACAGCAGGUUAGCAGCAGUUAUUUUACGGUGACAAGUCAGCAUGUAAAGAUUAUCUUUAAUAAAGAAGCACAAAAUAAUUCCCCCAGCACUUCACGUUCCUCAUCUCCCUCAAGCCGAUCAGAAUCAGCUUGUGAGGAGGAAUACGAGGUACCAGGUGAAGAAGAAAGCACUGACACUGCUGAUGAAGAGGAUGAUGUUCGGCAUUCUGGAGACUCGGAUUAUAGACCCGAUGAAGACCUGAGCUCCGACUCGGAAUGUUCUACAGGUUUCGACACUGAUAACUCGCAGAGUAGUUUGGAAAGCUGUCAUGAGAAGACACAUGCAAAUCAAAGUAAGAAUGCAGAGUCAUUUACCUGCUCAGGAAUAUUAGAGUCUCAGACUCCUCCAAAUUCUCAGACCAAUUGCUCUUAUGUCAAAUUUGAUUCUCAGACUCUUUCAAUUUCUCAGACAGAUUCGUCCACCAUCAAAGUUGAGCCUCAGACUCUUCCAAUUUCUCAGAUGGAUUCCUCCCCCAUCAAAUUUGGUUCUCAGACCCCUCCAACAUCUCAGACAGACUUCUUGACCAUCAAACUUGAGUCUCAAUCCCCUCCAACAUCUCCGCCAGAGUCCUCCGCCAGCACAUUUGAGUCUCAGACUCUUCCAACUUCCAGGACAGAUUCAUCCACCAGUGCAAAGAAUCUGAAUGAUUGUGAGAAAAAUCCCACUUUUUCGUGUCGUAUGUGUAAGAAGGAAUGUAAAAAUAGAGAUAACCUGCUCAAACACAUAGCUGACAAACAUCCCACUGCUGUUUAUAUCUGUGAAGGCUGCUUCAACACAUUUCCCCAGCAGGAUGCUUUCCAGAGGCAUGCCUGUUGGAAAAGACCUACAAGCCAAAUGAGCGUUUUGCUAGCCACCCCAGGAACACAGGUACCUUCCCACAUCCUAAGGCCUAAAACAUUCAAGGUUGUUCCUAUGCCAAAACUGCCCACUCCUGGUUUGUCUCCCACAGUAGCCUCCACAAAGCUUAGUCAAAACUUAAAAAGCACGAACUUAGUUCCCACUGUGACACCUGUUACUAAAAUUUAUGAAACUGUUGGUCAAACUGUAACAACGCUGCCGCAAACAACCGUCCCAACACAGACCAUGGUUGCACAACCUAAUGUUCCUGUUCAUUCAUCCACCAAAGAACGUCCCUCUUUGCCCAACCAAUCCAUGACGACCAUUCAUAUUCCUGCACCUUACAAUCCGUCUCCUCAAACUCAGAACAAAGGUUUUGUAACCCUUUCACCCACUGUAAAUUUUCCUGCACCCCAUCUAGUAACAGACAACAGUAAUAAGUCUAUACCUGCUCCAAGACAGACAUUUGUAACCAAUAUUACACCUCCUAAGUUACCUGGGAAUCCUCCUGUUCAUUCACCCUCCAUAGUGCGUGCCUCCUUUCCCAACCAAACCAGGAAGACAAUUCGUAUUCCGACCCAAACUCAGAACAAAGUUGUUGUAUCCUUUUCGCCCACUGUGCCCAAUUUCUCCGCACCCAUUCUAGUGUCAGGCAACAGUGAUAAGUCCAUACCUGCUCCAAAACAGACAACUGGGAAUCUUCCUUUUAAUUCACCCUCCAUAGUGCAUCCCUUCUUGCCCAACCAAUCCAUGACGACAGUUCAUAUUCCCAAGCCUUCCAAUCCAUCUCCUCAAACUCAGAACAAAGUUCUUGUAACCCUUUCACCGACUGUAAAUGUUCCUGCCCCUAUUCUAGUAUCAGGCAACAGUAAUAAGUCCAUUCCUGCUCCAAGACAGAAAUUUGUAGCUAUUAUUACACCUUCUCAAUUAUCUGGGAAUAUGUCUGGUCAUUCACUCUCCAUAGUGCGCCCCUCCUUGGCCAAGCAAUCUAUGACGACCAUUUGUAUUCCUACACCUUACAAUCCAUCUCUUCAAACUCAGAACCAAGUUGUUGUAUCAUUUUCGCCCACUAUGCACAAUUUCUCUGCACCCAUUUUAGUAUCAAGCAACAGCAACAAGUCCAUACCUGCUUCGAAACCUCUUAAGUUACCUGCAAAUGCCCUCGUGACUCAUGGGUCCUGUCCGACUCUGGUAAGCGCCCUUCUACAAAAGAACCAGCCUAAGGUUUCUUCGCACACAUCAUCGGCCAAGGUCAAGAAUCCUACUACAGGCUCCAUUAAAGCAGUGGCCAAAUCUCAGAGAAAAAGCAAGGAUUUAGCUCAGCAAAAAACGUGGCGCUCAAAGUCUAUCUUCCCUUGUCGUCAUUGUGGUGCUAUCUCGAGACAACCCUCACUAAGGCUACGUCAUCGCUACUUGCACCAGCGGUCGCGGUUAUAUAGAUGCAAGUGUGGAUGCUCGUUUCAGCGGCAACUUCAUUUACUGAGGCACCAGGUACAGCACGCGGAGUCUGUCCGAUUUGUUUGUGCAUGCUGUGGAAGUACAUUCAAUGGGGCACAUGAAUUGGCAAGGCACAAACAAGGGUUAAAGACUAAGCAUAGACAGUAUGCUCAAAAACAAUGCAUUUCGGCAUUUGAUUGUAUCUGUGGCAAGAUGUUUUCAAGACCCUCUGCUCUAUUGUGGCACAUGCUUAAAAAUACAAAACCCCUGAAACACACACGCAAAAAACAUGGUGGAUUGAAUGAUCCUCCCUCUGCUGUUUAAACCAGAUGUUUAAUUUUGUGUGUUUAUCUUUCCUCGCUUUUGGAUGUCUGUAUACGUUAUGGUGGUGAAUCCUAUUUGUUGACUGACGAUUGAAAGUAAAAUGUAUAAUUGUUUAAAAAGUGAUACUUUAACACCAAUAGUGCAUUUUUAUAGAUGUACUGGUAUUUUUGUUUUACCUCUAGCUUCUGUGGUGAAUGUUGUACAUAUCGUUAAAGAUGAUCAAAGAGAAACAGAGUUUUGCAUUUCUUUGAUUUAUAAACUAUAAUAGUUAAGAGGGUUUCUGUCAUACAGUACACAUGUGAUUGAUUCUAAUCAAUUUGUAAUAAAAACAAUACACACACAUAUAGAGCAUUUCAA